AGCCCAAGGUCAUACGUGAUAAGCCGGUUAAUCUUGUCACCGUCUCUGUUUCAGCACCGAAAAUCGUCAAAGGCCUUGUAUCUCAAGCACCACUGUUCUUACCAAAUCCUCAUGGAAUCAGCGAGGAUGUUAAAGAAAUGAUGCGAGAACUUCUGCGUGUUCUUGAUGAACCUAGGGAUAAAAUUGAUUCGGACAGUUUACAAAAAAUCUGGACGAACAUAACAACCGUUGACUCAGUGGAAGACCAUGUGACAGUUCCUCCUUCUACUACUGCCAGUGUGUCUAGGCAUUCAGUUGCUUCUUCGAAUUCCGCUAAAUGUGACUCUAGCAUACUUGAAACAGUUCCUGAUACUAUGUGGAACACAAUAGAUUAUAUGACUUUGCACGAAGGAAACUCGGGCAAUUCACCAACAUCCGUAUCGAAACACUUGCAAAACAGCUUGGCUGCCGCGUUUCAUGUAACUUCAUCAGGUCGCUUGUGCGCUGGUAUUGCUGCAAGGAGUACGCCGCUACUAAGACAUGUACCGGAAUUUAACUUCUCUCAGUCCACUACACAGGUAAAUCUAACUGAUGCUUUGGCGAUGCUAGAUAAUUCUACCGUUCGACUCGAUGUGUCAGCACUAAUGGAGACUGGUGACGAAGAGAACUGUGACGAGGUAAAGUUCACCGGUGAUCUUGGCUCCAAUGCAGUCGCGCGCAGUGCGAUAUUUAGCGGCCCUCGAUGCGCAGUUCCUUCCUAUUGCUCAAAAUCAGCGUUGCAAUUUGAAACUACUUUAAUUUUAAGCGAUGAUUUUGGUGAAGCAUUCCUGAAGUCCACGCAGGUGGAUCCAAGCUUCCCUACCAAGAUGCCAUCACUUACCCCCCAUGAUCACUCGAGCCCCUCGGAUUCUUUACACGGAGCUGAACUGUCCUAUUUCCCCUCUCAAAUCAGCUGGUCUCCCAUCGGGAUGCAGGAUGACUCAAUAGACCAUACAGAUAUGCCUACUUCGCGGGCUAAUGGAUUCCCCUCAUGCCGUUUCUCCUCCACGGAAGGUCAGGCGGAGCGAAGGGAACACUGGGCAAAAUCCUGA